CAAUUUACCCAUCCAUUUGAAAUCGGCAUGACCCCUUUGAUGGACUUCGGACCUCGCGGUAACGGCGUUCACUUCAGACACCAGAGCUCAAACGGUGGCGAACUUUCGAAAGCGGAGCGAGUGAGAGCACAAGAUGCAGAGAUUGAAAGCUCUGCUACCGGAGAAUAGGUGCUCAUUCCGCAGCUUUCAUCGGAGAGCCUUCUCUGCUCAACCGAACUAUGUCGAGCAUGAUGACGGCCAAGACCAGAUUUUAGUUGAAGGAAAAGCUAUAUCGAGAGCUGCUAUUCUUAACAGGCCAAAUGCUCUUAAUGCACUCACUACUUCGAUGGUAUCUCGACUGACGAGAUUGUAUACUUCAUGGGAAGAUAGUCCUGAUAUCGGCUUUGUUUUAAUGAAGGCUAAUGGCAGGGCCUUUUGUUCUGGGGGAGACGUUGUAAGGCUUUAUCACUUGCUGAGUCAAGGAAAUGCUGAAGAAGCAAAACAAUUUUUCAAUGCAUUAUACAAGUACGUAUAUCUUCAAGGAACCUAUCUUAAGCCCCAUGUUGCUAUUUUGGAUGGUGUAACAAUGGGAUGUGGUGCUGGAAUUUCACUUCCAGGGAUGUUUCGUGUGGUAACUGAUAAAACUCUUUUUUCUAACCCAGAGGCUCAAAUGGGUUUUCACCCGGAUGCAGGGGCUUCCUUUUAUCUCUCUCGUUUACCUGGCUACUUAGGGGAAUAUCUGGCCCUUACGGGAGAGAAGCUUAAUGGUGUGGAGAUGAUUGCUUGUGGCCUUGCGACUCACUAUACACUAAAUGCUAGGCUUGCUUGGCUUGAAGAACGCCUUGGUAAACUCGUCACAGAUGAUGCUUCUGUUGUAGAGUCAUCCCUGGCACAGUAUGGUGAUCUUGUUUAUCCAGACAGUAGGAGUAUUCUUCGCAAGAUUGAUACAAUUGAUAGAUGUUUCAGCCAUGAUACAGUUGAGGAAAUUAUUGAUGCUCUGGAGAAGGAAGCCACGGAGUCUUACGAUGAAUGGUGUGUAACAGCACUUAAAAAGAUAAGAGAAGCCUCUCCGUUGAGUUUGAAAAUUACUUUAAGAUCUAUUCGUGAAGGGAGAUUUGAAACUCUUGAUAAAUGUCUUCUGCGUGAAUACCGGAUAUCCCUUCGUGGAAUUUCUCAGCAGGUCUCCUCUGAUUUCCUCGAGGGUGUUCGAGCAAGACUGGUUGAUAAAGAUUUUGCACCCAAGUGGGACCCACCUAACUUAAAAGAAGUAUCAGAGGACAUGGUUGAAUGUUAUUUCUCUCCAUGUAAUGAAGUUGAGUCUGAACUGGAGUUGCCCACUGCCUUGAGGGAACCUUACAUGUGAAGCAUGGUCAAUACCCGUAAGCAGCGGCAAGGGUAGUCACUUUAUUUAUGAAGCUUUCGAACUCUACGAACAGUGUUCAAAAAAAGGGUUGGGGGGGGGGGGGUGGGGGGGAUCUUUGUUGGAAUAGCAUAAAAAUGUAGUGGUCCUUCCCUUUUCUUCCGUUCUUGUUGGAAGGUUGAAUGAAUUCCGACUUCAGCCGUAAUUUUUGGUCUUCACUCGUCACAUGUCUUGAAUCCAAUUUGCUGUUACCUUUCCAUUAACUUGCUUAGGAGAAUAUAAUAGGGGGAGCAAAAAUCUUCGUGUGAGUGCAUUAUUGCAGCUAAAAAAACCAGUUGAUGGUGCCUUUCUUGGGCUUCAAUAUUUCAUGAAUUAGUAAUAAUUAAAAACCAAUUAUUGCUGAGUUAACUACAA